AAGGUUGGGCUCAAAGUCAGCGUUAGCCCAAUCUUAGCUUCGUCACUUUAUAUAUAUCGGUUUACAGUUUUGGAAGAUUCGUGGCACAAUGCGAGCUGAUCUUGAUGAGAAUGAAGGGAAGAAGAUUGGUGGUGGUAGCGGGAAGACUGAAAAGCCUUUGGAAGCUCCCAAUUGUGGCAUUGCUACACAAGCUGUCUACACCGGGGUUAUCAGCAGCUUUCUCUAUGGCUACCAUCUUUGCAAUCUGAAUUCAUGCAUGGACUUUAUUGCCCUGCACUUUGAAUGGUGCAAGAGCACCGUCAGGGCAGAUUGCUUGGCUAGUGCCAUCGAUGGAGGUCUCAUCAAUGCAAUUCUUUACUUGGGAGCUGCAGCAGGAGCACUGCUUGUGGGACGGCCCUUCAUGGUCAAUUCUGGUGCACGGAUACAACUUCUUAUUUCUGAUGUGUUCUUUGUGGCCGGGGGCCUCUUCGGUGGUUUGGCUAUUGGCAUCAAGGGCUUGCUACUCUCGCGCCUUUUCUCGGGCAUAGGUUUGGGCAUCUCAGCAAUUUCAGCACCUGUCUACAUUGCAGAGGUGUCACCUCCGGAAUGCAGAGGAUGGCAUUCAGCCAAGCAUGGAUUGUACAUUGCGACGGGACACUAUUGGUGCAUGUUUGCGCUGUGCACGUGCUACGAAGUUUGCAGCUGCUGUUGUCUUUUGGCGGCAGAGCUCGUUGGCCUGCCGCAGGAUCCGCCAGACAUGGGCCUCACAAUGCGAAAUGACUGGUGGUGGCGAGCCAUACUGGGUUUGCCAUGCCUUCUAGCAGGCUUUCAAUUCUUCGUCUUCAAGUACGACCUCCCAGUUGACUCUGUGACCUUUUUGGUCCGACAGGGAAGGAUGGAUGAAGCCAGGACAAUGCUGUACAAAACCUAUGGCCGUCCUCCUCCAGACCUGGAGACUGGUCUCGGAGACAGCAAUGCGGCUAAACUGGAGCUGAAGUUGAAGGAUUUGGCAGUCGUUGCAGCAGAAGCUGGGGCAACGCGACCCAUCACGAUCAUUCAGGCAUUGCAGGAUCCGUUUCUUCGAUGCUCCGUCGUAGUCGGCUUCUUCCUGGCAUCUUACCAGCAGCUCACGGGUAUCAAUGCGCUGAUGGCAUACUCAAAUACUCUUUUUGCGCAAGCCGGUAUUCCUGCAAACAGCCUCACUCUGGCAUCAGUUUUGAUGUGUGUGGCCAAUGUUUUGGUAUCCGUAUUGAGCACAAAGUUGGUAGAUAGCCUGGGAAGACGGACGCUGCUGCUUUGGGGAAGCGCCACGCAAACACUUGCAAUGGCUUCAAUGGUUUACGUGGUGCACAUGCUGCCAGCAGAAUCUCAGGGUCUCAUGGCCUUCCUGUUCUUUAGUCUUUUUGUGGUUUCCUGGAACUAUGGCCUUGGUGCGAUAACCUGGCUCUGGCUUUCGGAAAUCUAUCCCAUGGAGAUUCGAGGACAGGCACUGUCGGCCUGCGGGGUAAUCAAAUGGAUCAGUUGCUUCUUCAUAGUGCUCAUCGCCCGAUUCCUGAACUUACAUUUGUCUUGUGUUCUCUUUGGUGCUGUCAGCGGCAUCGGUUUGGUGGGCAUGUGGCUGUGGGUUUUGGAGACAAAAGGAUGUGAUAUUGAAGAUAGCCCAAUGACGCCGCGAUCAGAACGAUCUACUUCGAUAUUAUUGGGCCCAGGCAGCAAUCAUGCAAGCCCCAACAGCAACAAGCACCUCAGAAUGAUGAUGAGUGACGAGCCACCUCAGCAGGGACCUCUCUACGCUCGCGUCGACUGAUGCGUGAAUGUCAUUGCCAUUUCUCCGCAGGGUAUCGCUUUAAAGAUGUCUGACCGCCCAAUAGACUUCAACAA